AUGGUGUCAACUAGGUCAGCUUCCAAAAAUUCACCCCCUCAAAAAAUGAAGAAAUCCACAUCUAGUCCGAGUUCUAGCAAAAGAAAAAUUGAGUUUAAUGCAAUUCCGGCGACAAUGAAGAAUCGUCGAAAGGCUGUGCGUGAAGAUGACGACAGUGACUUCGAGGAUUUUGAUAUCCCUCCGAAGAAGAUGGAUAGGCCUGUUUCAUAUGCGGGUUUUCCUAAAAAGGAUUGGGAUUAUUACAUACAACCCUCGGACCGUUUUCCUGUUAAGGUUACCCAUCAUUCCGGUGAAAAAGUUAUUUCAAACAUUAAAAGAACUUUGACUCCAGAAACAUUAGCAAAAUUUUCAUCUACAUGUUUUGGAAAAUUUAUAGAAAUGCAGGAUGUUAAAUUUCAAUAUCAAUUGAUUCACGCUUUAUUGUUGAGAGAGGUUAAGCAACCUGUUUUUUACGAGCUUUGGUUAAAGGUUUCCGGGAAAUUACUGAAAUUUUCAAUUGAUGAAUUUUCAUUAAUAACGGGUCUUAAGUGUUGUGGUAACGCUGACAAGAAACCUUUUCUGAAAACAGACUCUGAUUUUAAGGCAAAUUGUUUUGGAAAUGUUGAAAAAGUUACUAAAAAAUGGGUGGAGGACUGUUUUCUUCAAAAACGUUGGUCAAACGAAGAUGAGGCUUUAAAACUUGCUCUUUUGUACUUUGUUGAGAUAUUUUUAUAUAAUAACAAGCCAUGUUCCUAUGUUCGUGAUGAACAUAUAAAUAUGAUUGGUAAUGGUGAAUUUGAAAAUUUUCCGUGGGGUAAAGACGUGUUUCAAAGAACUAUUGAAUUUUUGAAAAGCAAAUUAGCUUCUGUCAAAGGAUGUGAUUUUUUAAAAAAAUCUCCUAAUAUUGGUAUACCUCCUACUCAAGUCCGAUAUGAUGGGUUUCCUUUGGCAUUUCAAACAUGGUUCUUGGAGUGUUGCCCGGCUGCCAAUGGAAUUUUGGGAAGUUCUUCUGGCGAAGCUAUCCCUCGUAUAUUGAGGUGGACAGUUCCACUUGCACGGGAUCGUGAGUACUUGACACGCAAUAUUUUCAACCAAUCUGCAGAAGAUCUGAAAUUGUGCAACCUAAAGCCAACUGAGGAAGAGAGGUCAGUUCUUGUGUUAGAUGCUAUGUUCUUGAAAGGAAAACGUAAAGUGGUCUUCGAGGAAACAACACAUGUUGGACAUAGGGAUUCCAAGUUGAAUGGAAAGAUUAGAAAGAUGUAUAGCGAGUUCUCAUUAUUCAAGUCCUAUGUUGAGCUUCAAUUUGCUGAAGUUUUAAGUGUCUUGUCUGAGUUGAAGAGUGUUUUGAGUGUGAAUGAUCAUCGCGCACAUGUGACGGAGGAUAUGCCUGAAAAUGUUUCGGCCGCAAAAGCUACCCAAAGUAUGCCCAAGAACUCUAAUGACGGGGCCGAUGACGCUGUGGAAAGACAUACAGCUGAUAAUGAAUCGGCUCCGCCAAUUUUGGAUCAGAUUCAAAAUGAUGGGAAUGAUGUUGAUAAGGAACCCGAAGAUGACUUUAAUUGUGCUACUGAGACGGUUGGUCAUGAAGAAGAAAUUAACAAGGUCUCUGACGAGAAUGUUCAAACACCUGUUCAUUAUUUUGAGGAUAUCGAUCCAAGUGCUUUACAUAAAGCUGUUGACAAAGUUGAAAGAGAGUAUGAAAAAGCACGUGUUGGUGAGGAGGCAGCUGCAGUUUGUAAUGUUGUUAUGGAUAUGCCUUUUACAAAGCGUAAAGGAUUUCACCCCCUAGAUGAUAAUCUUGGCAUUCCUACAACUUUUCCAGAUCAAAUCGACUUCCUUUGUUGGAUUGAAGUAGGAAUUAGGCAAAAUAGAGUGAGAGACGUAUAUACGCCAAAAGACAAUAUUUUGCCCCAAGCGUUAAACUUUGAAGUUGCAAGCAUUUCCGAUAAGAAAUGGUUUUAUUCUUUGGUUUAUGGCGGAAAAUUUUUAGACGAUUCUCAUAUCGAUAUCGUUAUGUAUUACAUUCGCAAGAAAGCAAAGUACAAUCCACACAACGGAAUGCGAAUAACGACAACAGACUGUUUAUUUGACAACAGAUUGAUGGGUUUGUUUAAACUCUAUUUGAAGAACAAGGGAGAUGUAACAACAAUCCAGGAUAUUAACAUUGUGACUGAUUAUGUGCAAGGACACGGUAUGCUAUGCAACACACAUUGGAAGGAUGUCGACGAGGUCCUCUUCCCAAUGCAUUUAGGGAAAAAAAAACAUUGGAUAUUGGGGCGCUUAGUGUUCAAAGAUAGGCGUAUAUACAUCUACAAUUCUUUGAAGUCUCCAACAGCCCGUUUUGAUGCCCAGGAAGCCGCUGUCAAAUAUUCAAUGGUGAUUCCCAAAAUGUUGGCUCUUUUGGAUUUUUAUGAUCUUCGGCCGGAUAUUGAUUUGACAUCUACUGCUUAUCGACAUAUAUCUGUUGGUGCUCCAUUUGUUAUUGUUCAUGUCGAUGGUCUGCCAACCCAGGACGAUAGUGAUUGUGGUGCCUUUAUUUUGGCCUUUGCUGAGCAUUUGAUACAGAACCGACCUAUGCCACCUGAUUUUGAGAUCAUUAAUCAUCGUGAACGUCUUGGUUGGCUUUUGUAUCGAUAUGGACAAAUGAAGCUUCAAGAUAACGUGGUCAGCGACGAGGAAGUUGAACCGAAACCUAAACUGAAGUCCGGGAGACCGAAGAAAAUUGCUAAACAAAUCAUAGAGUAG